AUGCCCGGGGCUUCGGAAGAGGGAGAACUGGGCGAUGCGGAGGACCUGGAGCUGCGAAGAGAACUCAGGCAAACUCUGCGGGGACCCGCGGAGGAGGAAGGGGCGAGCAAGAGUCCGGAGUGGACUGGCUGGGGACGUCAGGGGAGUCGAGGACCGAGCGGAGGCCGGGAGCCGGAAAGGGAGUCCCCGCACGGGGUCCGGCGCAGAGGCGGGGGCGGGCGCUGGAGGGCGGGGCGGGGAGGGGCGGCCGUCUCGGCCCUCCCUGGCGGGGCCCCGCGGCCUGGGAGCCCGAGCGGGCCGUGCAGCCACCGCGGCCCGAGCUGUCCCCUAGCCAGACCCUGCAAGACGCGAGCGGCGGGAGGGAGGCGGCGGCGCGCCCGGCCCCGCCCGCCCGCCCGAGCCCCGGACGCGGCCCCGCGUGGAGCCAUGGAGCCUGAGCCAGUGGAGGAUUGUGUGCAGAGCACACUCGCCGCCCUGUACCCACCCUUCGAGGCAACAGCUCCCACUCUGUUGGGCCAGGUGUUCCAGGUGGUUGAGAGGACUUAUCGGGAGGAUGCACUGAGGUACACUCUGGACUUCCUGGUACCCGCCAAGCACCUGCUUGCCAAGGUCCAGCAGGAAGCCUGUGCCCAGUACAGUGGUUUCCUCUUCUUCCAUGAGGGCUGGCCUCUCUGCCUGCACGAGCAGGUGGUGGUACAGCUAGCAUCUCUGCCCUGGCAGCUGUUGCGCCCAGGAGACUUCUACUUGCAAGUCGUGCCCUCAGCAGCCCAAGCACCCCGCCUGGCACUCAAGUGCCUGGCCCCAGGGGGUGGGCGGGUACAGGAGCUGCCUGUGCCCAAUGAGGCCUGUGGCUACCUAUUCACACCUGAGUGGCUACAAGGCAUCAACAAGGACCGGCCAGCAGGUCGCCUCAGUACCUGCCUCCUGUCUGCACCCUCUGGGAUUCAGCGGCUUCCCUGGGCUGAACUCAUCUGUCCACGAUUUGUGCACAAAGAAGGUGCCAUGGUUGGACAUAGGCCAAACACACUGCCCCCAGAGCUACCCUCUGGACCCCCAGGACUCCCUAGCCCUCCACUACCUGAGGAGGCCUUGGGAACCCGGAGUCCCGGCGAUGGGCACAAUGCCCCUGCUGAAGGACCCGAGGGCGAGUACGUGGAGCUGUUGGAAGUGACGCUACCCAUGAGGGGGAACCCUACAGAUGCUGAGGGAUCCUCUGGCCUCUCCAGAACUCGGACAGUACCCACCCGCAAGGGGGCUGGAGGGAAAGGCCGGCACCGGAGACACCGGGCAUGGAUGCACCAGAAGGGCCUAGGGCUUCAGGACCAGGAUGGGGCACGCCCACCCGGGGAGGGGAGCAGCACUGGAGCCACCCCUGGGUCUCCCCUAGGAGCUGAAGCUCUCCCAGAGGCAGCACUCCUGGAGGGGCCUGAGCCCCCAGCACGACCCCUAGGGGAGGCUUCUGAGUCUUGCCUCUUAAGGCCAGGGGAAGUUGGAGCAGGGGCAGGCCAGGGGGCUGAGGGACCACCUGGCACCCCUCGGAGAACAGGCAAAGGAAAUAGGAGAAAAAAGAGAGCUGCAGGCAAAGGAGCACUUAGUCGAGGAGGAGACAGUGUUCCACUGAGCCCUGGGGACAAGGAAGAGAACAGCUACCAGGAAGCCCUGGUCAAUCUGCCACCACCAAACGAGCAAGAGCUUCCAGAAAGCAGCCUUGUUAAGGAGGAGCAUGAAGACUCAGGAAAGCCCAAAUCUGAGCCAACAGAGGAGCUGAAAUCAGCAGAGGAGAAAGAGCCCUGGCCCUCAGAGGUCUGCACACCUCCAGAAGAGGGAGCCCAGGAGACAGAGCAGGAAGGACCAAGCCUAGUAUGUAUGGCAGGUGAGCUAACACCAAGUCCAGUGGGGUAAGGGCCAGAGCAGGUGGGCCCUAUGAAAGGGGGUCCCGCAUCCCUGGAGACUGGGCAGGAUGGGAAAGGCAUCCCAAAAGAGGCCCCUCCCGUCUCCAUCUCUGAUGACCUGGACAUACCUUGGGACUUGAUGGCAUCUGGAUUCCUUAUUCUAACUGGAGGUGUAGACCACAGUGGGCGAGCUCUGCUGACCAUGACCCCACCAUGCCCUCCUGAGGAGCCCCUACCCUCUGGAGCCAUGCUGAGCACUGCCCUUCAUUACCUUCACUCACUGCUCAGACCUGAUCUACAGAUGUUGGGGCUAUCCGUGCUACUGGACCUUCGUAAGGCUCCCCCACUGCCUCCAGAACUCAUUCCUGCCCUGAGUCUACUUCAGGACUCAGGAGACCCUCUCAUCAUUCAGCGACUACUGUUUCUCAUUCAUGAUGACCCUCCAACUGAUCUCUGUCGAUUUCAGCGUGCUGAGUUGUUAUCAGAGAAUGACCUGAAAAGAGUGGCCAAGCCAGAGGAACUUCCGUGGAACUUGGGGGGCCACAGGAAGCCCUCUCCCAACUACUGGGUAGAGAUACAUCAGGAAGUGGCAAGGCUGUGCCACCUGUGCCAAGGGGUGCUGGGCUCUGUGCGGAAGGCCAUUGAGGAGCUGGAGGGAGCAGCCAAGCCAGAGGGAGAGGAGGCGGUGGGAAUGCCCGAGCCCCUGCAGAAGGUGCUGGCAGAUCCCCGGCUGACAGCGCUGCAGAGGGAUGGGGGAGCAAUCCUGAUGAGGCUGCGCUCCACCCAUAGCAGCAAGCUGGAGGGCCCAGGCCCAGCCACAUUGUAUCAGGAGGUAGAUGAAGCUAUUCACCAGCUUGUGCGCCUCUCCAACCUACGUGUUCAGCAGCAAGAACAGCGGCAACGCCUCCAGCGACUCCAGCAGGUGCUUCAGUGGCUCUCGGGCCCUGGAGAGGAGCAACUGGCAAGCUUUGCAAUGCCUGGGGACUCCCUGUCUGCUCUGCAAGAGACAGAACUUCGAUUCCGGGCUUUCAGUGCUGAAGUUCAGGAGCGUCUGACCCAGGCACGGGAGGCCCUAUCUGUGGAGGAGGACCUGGCCUCCCAGAAGAUUCUGGAUAUCUUUGAACAGCGGCUGGAGCAGAUGGAGAGUGGCCUCCAUCGGACCCUGCGGCUUCAGCGUUUCUUCCAGCAGGCACAUGAGUGGGUAGAUGAGGGUUCUGCCCGGCUGGCUGGGGCUGGGCCAGGUCGGGAGGCUGUGCUGGCAGCCUUGGCCCUGCGUCGAGCUCCGGAGCCCAGCGCUGGCACCUUCCAAGAGAUGAGGGCCCUGGCCCUGGACCUGGGCAGCCCAGCAGCAUUACGAGAGUGGGGCCGAUGCCGGGCUCGCUGCCAAGAGCUGGAGAGGAAGAUUCAGCAACAACUGGGAGAGGAGGCAAGUCCAAGGGGCCACCGGCGAAGACGGGCAGACAGCACCAGCAGUGGAGGGACCCAGCGGAGCUCCCAUAGUCCCUCACCCAGCCUCAGCUCCCUGCUGCUCCCCAGCAGCCCAGGACCAAGGACAGUCCCAUCCCAUUGCUCUCUGACCCCCUGUGGGGAGGACUGUGAGGAGGAGGGCCCUGAGCUGUCUCCAGAAGCAGAGGUCAGGCCCCCACGGGCUGUGCUAAUCCGAGGCUUGGAGGUCACCAGUACCGAAGUGGUAGAUAGGACAUGCUCACCACGGGAACACGUGCUGCUGGGCCGAGCCGGGGGGCCAGAUGGACCCUGGGGAGUAAGCACCCCCCGGAUGGAGCGCAAGCGAAGUAUCAGUGCCCAGCAGCGUCUGGUGUCUGAGCUGAUUGCCUGCGAGCACGAGUACCUGGCUAUUCUGAGUGAGACAGUGCCACCCCCUGGACCUGAGCUGACCCCUGAACUGCGGGGCACCUGGGCCAAUGCCCUGAGUACCCGAGAGAAGCUUCAUAGCUUCCACCGGACACACUUUUUGCGGGAACUUCAGGGCUGCGCCACCCACCCUCUGCGCAUCGGGGCCUGCUUCCUUCGUCAUGGGGACCAGUUCAACCUUUACGCCCAGUACGUGAAACACCGACACAAACUGGAGAAUGGUCUGGCUUCACUCAGCGCCCCCACCAAGGGCUCCAUGGAGGGGGGCCCUCACCUGCCCCGGGCCCUGCAGCAUCCCCUAGAGCAGCUGGCUCGCUACGUGCGGCUUCUGGAGGAGCUUCUGAGAGAAGCUGGGCCUGAGCUGAGUUCUGAGCGCCAGGCACUUGGGGCUGCUGUGCGGCUGCUCCGGGAACAAGAAGCCCGGGGCAGAGACCUGCUAGCCGUGGAGGCAGUGCGUGGCUGUGAGAUAGAUUUGAAGGAGCAGGGACAACUCCUGCAUCGAGACCCCUUCACAGUCAUCUGUGGCAGAAAGAAGUGCCUUCGUCAUGUCUUCCUGUUUGAGCACCUCCUCCUCUUCAGCAAGCUAAAGGGUGCUGAGGGAGGGUCUGAGACCUUUGUUUACAAGCAGGCCUUUAAGACUGCUGACAUGGGGCUGACAGAGAAUAUCGGGGACAGCGGGCUCUGCUUUGAGCUGUGGUUUCGGCGGCGGCGGGCUCGAGAGGCAUAUACUCUGCAGGCAGCCUCACCAGAGAUCAAACUCAAAUGGACAAGUUCUGUUGCCCAGCUGCUGUGGAGACAGGCAGCACACAACAAGGAGCUCCGAGUGCAGCAGAUGGUCUCCAUGGGCAUUGGGAAUAAACCUUUCCUGGACAUCAAAGCCCUUGGGGAGCGGACGCUGAGUGCCCUGCUCACUGGAAGAGCCGCGCGUACCCGGGCCUCUGUGGCCGUGUCAUCUUUUGAGCAUGCCGGCCCCUCCCUUCCCGGCCUCUCGCCGGGAGCCUGCUCCCUGCCUGCCCGCGUCGAGGAGGAGGCCUGGGAUCUGGACAUCAAGCAAAUUUCCCUGGCCCCAGAAACACUAGACUCUUCUGGAGAUGUGUCCCCAGGACCAAGAAACAGUCCCAGUCAGCAACCCCCUCACCCUGGGAGCAGCACUCCCACUCUGGCCAGUGGAGGGAUCUUAGGGUUAUCCCAGCAGAGUCACACCCGAUCCUUGAGUGACCCCACCACUCCUCUGUGA